UCUAAAAUCCUUCACACAGAAAUUUUACCAGGUGAAUCAGCAUCGUCUGAAACGCCUAGAAAACUUGUUCCCCGGUGACCAAUUUUCGCACCCCAUACUAAAAACGUGAAAAAAUGAGGAUUUUCGAAGCCUCACCGAUGGGCCCCGGAAGGGCCUAGGUGCCCCAAAUUCGGGGCCCUGGGUCACCUAGUGCCCCUCUACGACAUAUCCGAAGACGGGUGUCGUGGCACGAAAAAAACCAUUUGUCCGCCGUCCGAAAACAUGAAAUUCCCCCAUUAUAAUCUCCAUAGGCCUCAGGCCUUGCGUUUUUGUUGCUUUUUUUUAUCUAUUCUUUCAGGAACGUUGCAGCGGCCCGCGCUUCCGGGGUACGCCUCGUGAGACCUCCGACAUUCAGCGUGCCGAAUUUCGACCCAUCCGACUCCGGCACGAACCGACGGUCGUUAGCGGGAAACUGUCAGCUCUCCCGCGAGGCUGGGAAAAGUCGUAAAGUCCCCGAAAUCGAUGCGCGGGUCGGCGGUCUAAGGCGCACGCGCUAUGCCCCGGCGAAAACCUCAAAACUAGGGUAGGCGAGUCGUGACGCGAAAGGGUCUCGGGCGCGACGCUCGGCAUAUCUCGUAAUCUAGCAACAUUUAGCGACUUUCCAAGCAAGCAUUAGCUACUUUCCAUUGAAAACAGUUGCCAACACUGGGCACCAAUAAUCCGUCCAAGCUCAUAUACUCCACAGAAGCGCAAGCUCAAUGCGUCUGCUCGUAAGUCAAAACACGUCUGUGUAAUAAACACGUCCAAACACGCGCAAAGUAGCUCUCUUGCCUGGAAACAUUCACCAACAAACGUCCAUAUCUUUAUCUGAUGCAGAAAUGUUAUACAGAAAGCACACAGCGAGAGUACAGGUACAAUUAGUCCGUCCAAGCUCUAGCCAGUCCGGGCUUCUCUAUGCAGCAGAGGCCGAGGAUUGCGGCGUCUUCCCCGGGCUCCCUUACUCAGCUGAAGCCCAGGCCCCAGUCUACUCCUCAGGCUUCUGUUCCUACAUCUGCCUCAGCUCUUUGCUGUAUUGUGGCUCAUAAAGGUGCAAUGAAUAGCGGAUUAGAGCAACACGCUUGCGAAAUCACCCUCUUCUAUAUCAUAUUGAUUACCUUCCGCUGUUAUUGUAACAUGGCUUGCUCCACAACGUCUGUUUAGCUUAGCUUAGCAUAAAGAUGGCGGCUGAUCGUUUUUAGUCUGUGUUCGUAUAUUUUCGUAAGUCCCACCCACUGAUCUGUAAUAGGUCUGUAGUGAGAGUGGGUCCCACCCAUAGCCCCCACCUUGAAAAAAUGAGGAAUGAGUGUCUGUAGUCUUUCACUCUCAACAAAGAUACAGCAGUUCCUUCUUUCAAUGAUGCAAAAUGAUUUUACAUCAUUGAAAGAAGGAAGUGCAACACUGAAAUCAGUAUUUCUCCCGUCUCAGAGGAAACUGAAGGAAUGAAGCACGACCAUUUAAAAACAUGACUGGGGUUCUAACGAUAUAAAGCUUAAUGCAAAUCGAUGAAGUGUCCCUUUAAGAAAGUGUUUGUGCUGAUACUGACAAUGUUUGGAUCCACCUACACAUGUGAGUCUAGCUUUUCUCAUAUGAAUGCAAUCAAAGUAAAGCCACGUUGCUCCUUGAGCAAUGAGAAGUUAUCCCAGUCUCGAGAAUUGCACUUACCACAUAUGAGCCAGAUUAUGUUAAAGGUCCAAUUUGUAAGAUAUUUGCAGUAAAAUGUCCAAAAACCACUAGGCCAGUGUUAUAUAUUUUGUCGAGCUAAUUACUAUCAAUAUCUGUAAUGUUUUCAACUACUUGUAAAUCGUGAGAAAAUUUCCAUUCAAAACAUUGUUACGGGGCAGUGCGGUCUCCUGUCAAUGACGUUAAUAUCCAUGUGACCCUUUGUCACCGCCUUUACUGACGUAACCCACAUGACAACACUGGUCGAGUUCGAAAAAAUAAAAUGGCGGCCAAGGAAGCGACUGGAGCACAAAUUUAGUGUAAAUAAACGUAUAUUUCCACUUUUUACACAUUUUAAUUGCAUUUCUAGCGAGAAAUAAGUAUUGUAGUUUUCAAAUAUGUAAUUAGUUAUCACAAAGGCGCUCUCUGUUCAUAUUUCAAACACGCUGCCUGUACUGGCAAACUCUGUGUGUUUGUUCCUAUGACACUUCUAAUUUUUCAUCUCACCACUUCUAGGGAAAACCGGUGCUGACGUAAUUGACGGUCAAUGAUAGUAGGCUCAAGCACCGGAACCUUUCCUGUGGUGUUGGCUUGUCACUCCUUUUAUAGAUGCAACCAACCCCAUUGCCUCUAGAGAGAAGGCAUACUCAAAACAUUAAAUUGUUCUAAUCAAAUAUUGAAGAAAAAUUAAAUGAAUAACUACUUAUAUUAACUAAAAGGAAAAAAUAUAAAUAUGGCUCCUACACACCGGCCUCUAAUUGUGUGCAUGGGCAACAAUUACUAAAUGUACAUAUUACAAAGGAGCCUCGUUUACUUAUGAUACUAUAAUUAUUAAAGACAACAUGAAUGGGUUAUACUCAUCUUUUUCUCCCACAGGGUGGUUUCUCCAAGCUCAUCUAUUCUGCAUUUUCCAGUAGCAGGCAGAGCUUAGUUACUGGCCUAAGAAAUACACCAGUCUUGGUUCUAAUUUUCACUGUCCUCACUAAACCUUUGGAAUCUGGUAAGACAUCUUCAAUUCUUCCAAGACUCCGGGGGCCUCAUUUAUCAACAUUGCGUAGAAAAUGUUCUAUAUUUGUACCUACGAAUGAAAUUUAGAAUGUGCCUAAGUACAAAAAAAUCGGGAUUUAUCAAACGUGCGCACGUGGUUCGUACGCACAUCAGUAAGUAAUCAUUGUUGAUAAAUCCCACAUGUUCUUAAGCACCAUGCGCGUUCACGGUCAUGGUCAUUUGCAUUUCGAAACGCCUCCAAUUAACCAUAUAUGGGACAACACCUCCCUUUAUAAGUCACGUGGUUGUACUUUUCCCACACCGUAAUAAUGGCAAAGAAAGCAAAAAAGCGAAAUUUUACAGACACAGAAAUGGAGGUACUGGUGAAUGAGGUUGAGUCCAACCAACACAUACUGUUUGGUUCACUUAGUGCGGGAGGAAUAACCAACAAAAGAAAACAUUCAGUGUGGGAGCAUGUCACCAGUGCAGUUAAUUCCGUGGGGUCUGAGGAGAGGACAGUUCCAGAAAUAAAAAAAAAGUGGUUUGAUAUUAAGUUAUCGGCCAAAAAACGCGUCACAGCACAUCGACGUGAAAUCAGUGCAACUGGUGGAGGACAGACCACAACUGAAAUUUCUCCCUUGGACAGCCGCGUAGCCAGCAUCAUUGGCGACACAGCUCUGUCCGGGAUCAUUCGUGAUGGGGACACUGAUGCUUUAGAACAAGCCGGCCCAUCUCACACCCAAACGCAAGUAACACCCAUGGUUACAGAGGAGCUGGAUGAGCCGGUAGAGGUGGUAGAGGCGGGACCGUCCGUUGCCCCUUCCGUGCGCCGUCCGCCAAGAGUGCUGACUGAUGCGGUGCUGCAAAAUCAAGAGGACACAACCAAAGCCAUUAAUGAUAUCAAAGAACAACUGAGCAACAUAACCAGUGUAUUGUUGCAAAUUAAUGAGUCUCUUAAACAGAUUGCAUCUUGCGCAAAUAAAAUGACAAAUAAUCCAUAAA